UUUUGUCUUUUUUUCAGCUGCAAUAUAACAUGGAAGCAAAGUAGAGAAGUGUAGCAGUGUGAGAGUGAGGAGUUUGACAUGGAAGUUGGUCAAAUUCGAGGUUCAGCGGUUUAUCUCCACCGUGGCCAUCAUCGGAGAAGUUUGAGUGUCUCAUUGUCAAUAGCCCCACCAAAAUCUGAAAAGCGCAUAUUCAUGUUAGGAAUGGGAUUCGUGGGGCAAACACUCGCACGCAAACUCCACAACCAAGGAUGGGUUGUGUCUGGGACUUGUACAAACCAUGUGAAGAAGAAGCAGCUUGAGGAUAUGGGGUUUCAUGUUCACCUCUUUGAUGCAAACUACCCUGAUCUGAAUGUCCUACAACUACUGAAGAAUUACACUCACUUUCUUGUUUCUGUCCCUCCUAUGUUGGGCAUUGGUGACCCGAUGCUUCAGCAUGAAGAACUUAUAAGAAGCUCGUUAGUCAAUGGGGAUAUGCAGUGGCUCUGUUACUUGUCUUCAACUAGCGUUUAUGGAGACUGCGGCGGUGAAUUGGUGGAUGAGGAUUAUCCAACAAAUCCUGAAAAUGAGUUGGCUAAAUUAAGGUUAGCUUCUGAGGAAGGCUGGUCAAAUUUGGCUCACUGUCUUGGGUUCUCACCACUAAUAUUUCGAUUAGGAGGAAUCUACGGCCCUCGGAGAAGUGCUAUUGAUACAUUAAUCAAGCAAAAGCCCUUAUCAGAAGGUCAGAAGAGGCGAACACAUCGAAAGUACACGUCCAGAGUUCAUGUGGAGGAUAUCUGUCAGGCACUUAUGGCUACUAUUGAUAAACCUCCCCCCAGGGAAGUUUACAAUAUCGUUGAUGAUGAUCCUGCUCCAAGAGAAGAAGUAUUUGAAAAUGCAAGAAAAUUGGUGGAGAAAAAGUGGCCAGGCUUGAACCUACAACCGCUGGAGCAGAAAGACAGGUCUAUUGUAGAAACAAGAAAUUUAAAGGGCGAGAAGCGAGUGUCUAAUGCUCGAAUGAAGAACGAACUAGGGGUGCAGUUACUUCACCCAGAUUACAGAUCAGGACUGCAAAGUAUAAUUGACCAGAUUGAGAGCCCUUUCUAAUGCUACUCAUCUUAUUUUUGUCUAAUAAAUAUGCGGGCAAUUGACUCAUUUCCAUGCCCAGUCAUGAUUACAUAUCACAUCAUGUUUGUGUUGAAGGUUAAAAGUAAACAAACACUUCAGGAUCAGGAGGAUAAAUAGUUCUACCAUCUAACAUGAAACUGUUGAGUUCUUAAUUUAUUUCUCCCAUUUUCUUCUGUA